GUUGUACGUCAGACCCUAGUAAUCGAGCGCGAGCUUGUGUUGAUGUCCUCCGCUGCGGUUCCGUCCAGCUAAACUCACCAAACUUCAGGCGUCGAGAUGUUUCUGUCAGCUGCGGUUCGGUCUGCUGUCUCGCAGGCGGCCAGGCAGGUCAGGAGUCUCCAUAAAUCUGCUGCACGUGCCGGAGCCGGUGGCAUCUUUGUGCACAGAGAUACGCCUGACAACAACCCUGACACUCCUUUUGAGUUCACAGAGGAGAACAAGAAGAGGAUCGAGGCCAUCAUUUCAAUGUACCCCGAAGGACACAAGCAGGCCGCCACCAUCCCAGUCUUGGAUUUGGCCCAGAGGCAGAACGGAUGGCUCCCCAUCUCCGCCAUGAACAAGGUUGCUGAGGUGCUGGAUGUCGCUCCAAUGAGAGUGUAUGAAGUAGCAACCUUCUACACCAUGUUUCUGCGUCAGCCUGUGGGAAAGUACUUCAUUCAGAUCUGCACAACUACACCCUGCAUGCUCUGCAACUCGGACAGCAUCCUGGAGGCUAUCCAGAACAAACUGGGUAUAAAGGUUGGAGAGACAACUCCCGACAAGAAGUUCACUCUAAUAGAAGUGGAAUGCCUGGGUGCCUGUGUGAAUGCUCCAAUGGUCCAGAUCAAUGACAACUAUUAUGAGGACCUCACACCUAAGGAUAUUGAAGAUAUAAUUGAUGAACUCAAAGCAGACAGAGUCCCAGCACCAGGACCCAGGAGCAGCCGUUUCUCUUGUGAGCCUGCAGGUGGUUUGACUUCCCUGAUAGAGCCACCUAAAGGACCAGGAUUUGGUGUAAGAUCGGACCUGUAGACUUUUUUCGAGCCACUUAUCUGUCGGCCUUGAGAGAAAGUCGUCCCUGAAGCCGUUAUGUUUAAAAUGAAACAUAUUGUGUAAAUAAAAUGUUCCUGUACCUGUU